CCCGCCUCCGAGGUGCCCGCCCAGCCGCUCCCCGGGAACCCCCCCAGGAGAGCCUAUUACAUCUACUCGGGAGGCGAGAAGAUCCCGCUGGUCCUGAGCAGGCCGCUCUCCUCCAACGUGGCCACCCUCCAACAUCUCUGUCGGAAGACCGUCAACGGCCACUUGGACACCUAUGAGAAAGUCACCCAGCUGCCUGGCCCCAUCCGGGAGUUCCUGGACCAGUACGAUGCGCCGCUCUAAGGGGCCAAGGGCAGGGGUCGGGCGAGGGGCCCGGGUCCCCUCUCCUCCGUGGCACAUGGCACAAGCACAAGAAUCCAGUGGAGAGAGUCCUGCCGCCCUGGGUGAGCCCAGGGGUGGGCCGGCCCCUCCCGCGAGCCCUCCCCCUGCAGAAGGGGGCAGGCGGGGCCUGGAAUGUGUUGGAGGGCAGGGGAGUGCCACCUGGGCGCCCCUCCCCCACUUCGGCCAGCUGGCCCAAAGGGACCACUGCAGCAACAGCAUUGGAUUGAUUCUCCUCUUCUCUCCGCUUCCUUGAACUAGUGAGAACUGCCGGGGGAUCUGGAAACUUUCCGAAGGAACUUGUUUGCUCUUUGAUUUGGUUUUAAACAUGGCUUUCAUCCUGA